AGCACAAGAGGACACAGUUCUCGUACAACUAAUUAUUUGCUUCUUUCAUUUACUGUACUUGUGGAGACAGGGCUGCUUGUUGUGAUCACUGAAGUUAUUGUUUUCGGCCCCGGACACGUAGAAGGUUGUUCAGUCUCUACGCGACAACCAAUUUCGUCAUUUUCCAUCGCCUCAUUUUGGCGACGUUGCUCACUGAGUAACUGCAGACAUGCACAAUGAUCGUUGUGAUUGUGUCCUCUGGUGACAUAUACCCUGGCUCUGGAGAGGGAGAGAAAGACAGUGUAGCUUAGCUGAGUGUUGGCGAGAACCCAAGCGUUGCUUUUUGCUCACUGUGGACCAUGGAGGAAACCCAGCAGCUGGUGUCAUACCCUGACGAUAUGAAAGAUGCCAUUUGUCAAGUUGUCCGGAAAGAUCUAGAAAAACUCAAUAUCCCGUUCAACGUUCUAAAUCGUAUGGAAACAACUACUUCGAAAAAGAAGGCGAUCAAGGUGGAGAAGAGCAGGUCACCAGCUCCAACUCUCCAGGGUGGCUGUUGCUUUAGUGAUCGAUUGGAUAAUGUUUCACACAAGGAACUAGUCGAAAUCGCUCCUAAUUGCUGUGCACUUGUACCCAGGGUACUGGUCCACAUGAUUGCCUUUCUGGAUAAUCACCGUGAAGCCGAAGGUAUCUUCAGAAUAUCGGGAACUAAUCGUCGUCUGAAGUUGCUUCGGAACUCCAUCUGUCAACAGCGCAUUGUUGAGGACCCCUCACAUCCUGUCAACCCGCACGAUGUAGCGUGCCUGUUGAAGCACUUCUUUCGCGAUAUUCCUGGUUUACUGCUGACCAGGGAAUGCCUCAACGAUAUGAUGACAGCAGCUGGCAGGUUUGAGAAUGACGAUGAUAGCUUGGCAGCUGUGCUAUUAGAACUAUGUCUGCUGCUGCCAGAGCUAAAUCUGUCCACGCUGCGCUUCGCAUCAACUUUCUUCAAUCGUGUCGCCACCGACUGUCACCGGAACAAAAUGCCAAUCGAUAAUCUGGCCUGCGUGCUCACGCCCAAUCUAAUGGGACCGUCCGGUCCUGGCCUUGUGCUGACACGGCAGACAAGAGUCGUCGGAUUGCUGCUGGCUCAUGCCUGGCGGAUCGGCUUUGUCCCCAGUGCUAAAGCCAUGGAGGCACAGAAGAUGGUGCGCGAAUGUCCCAGCAGCGUGCCUAAACCCUCCGACCGGCAACUGCGCUCGGCCAGCCGAAAGCGCUCGACCGACCCUGCAGGCCAGGAACGCAAGCCGCUCGGUACCAUAAACAAUUUUGUAUCGUCACUAGCAUCGCGACUGGCCAGUACGCGUCGUGCCACGAUAUCAAUGUCCACAGCAGCUAGCCGCCGCAUGACUCUUGGUGGCCUCAGCUCAUCCACGCAGGCCGAACGUGCUGCCCUAUGCUCGCCACGAUCAACUGUGCCGUCCAACAGCCAUCCCGAUGGUGAUGUGGCACCGGCCAGUGAGAAUGUCGUACAGAUAUCGUGUGGGAAACGGCGUGCACCUGGCCUGGAGUGUCCACCUGCUAAAGUGCCUUCUGAGGGGCGUUUCAAGAUGCACGGCUCCAGAAAAAGAGCAGUCAAGGCAAACUCUUUGCCCGAGGUUGAAUACAGAAUUCCGCGGAACCCGUCAUUAAGCUAUGUGAAGCCAACGUUAUCUAACAGCAUACGUCGUGUGCCCCGUUCUGGCGCAUCGCAUUCCCUGGAUUGCGGUGUGCCGUUGGCGCCGGAACUCCUUCACGACCGGGAUCAGAUGACGGGUUACGAAUCGCCUUGCGAGUCUCCGAAAUUGUCCCGCGGGAAGGCACAGCAGAACAUGCCUCACCUGUCAGUGACACCGGCGAUACACCUUCAACUGGCCCAGCCGCUCGGUGUUGCCGGCAACAUAGGUGCAAAGACCAGCGAUAAGCCGGUCACACGACGCCAGGCACGUAUUGGGCAUGAGGAGGUAGAGGUGACACGACGGCCGCAGCAAGCGUCAAAGACCUUAUCUGCGCCACCGAUGCUCCCACUCGGCCAUAAAGUCAGAUACAGUUUGGACAGCAGCGAUUCAGCUUGCCUGGACAUCAGUGACAUCAGCAUCCACCUGCCGUCACUGAGCGACUCGUUUGAUUCCCACGGUGCGUCCACAUCGUCCCUCUUACCCGGCUCCCCUCAGAUUAGCGUACACACUGUUAUAGAUAGUCUUGGGUAGCAAUAGAGAAGCCACCCACAGCUUGUGCGUGUGUGUGUGUGUGUGUGGCAGGCACCCAUUUUCUCUAGCCCUCUUAAAAAAAACACUAUCCAUGAUCUUAACCGCACCAAAUGUUUUCUCUCUCAGUGGGAAACUCCACUUGCUUGCGGUCCCUCAUCUCGUGUUCCGCUUCUAACACCGUGUGACUGAAACUCCUUGCACAGACUUGCGCUGAUUUCUUUCAGCAGCUGAGCGUCUUUAGUCCUUGUCAACAUAGUGCCUUGACUGGCAUUGAGUGCUCAGUUACUAACCCGGACAAUGUCCACUGGUGCUUGCAGGCUUGCUGCUUCUUUUCUUGCUGUUCCAAGCAGUCAUCCGACAAGGCUUUGGAUUUUGCUCCUGGUUGCUGUUGGCAAGCUCCUUGGGGAGCCUUGUCUGCUGGGCCUCGUUAUGCGUCUAUUUUUUGCUCGGCUACCAUGGUCAACGAUAUUCUUAUUUAGUUAGUGUGUGCUUUUGCGUGUGAGUGUGUGCGUGUGAGUGUAUGUGCCCACACGAUGUUAUGUAAAGGUGCUGGUCACUAGUUUCUCAGUGGUCAAUUGCCUAUUUUUUUCUUACCGUCAGAGCCGCCGGUCGAAACAUAUUGCCUGCUGGUCAAUGCUACAGAUAAUGUAACUCCAAACUAACUAACUCUCUACACCACGGCUGCAGCUUGUAGUCACGUUUCAUGCAGUGGUUGUGUUCCCCUUGCCCAGCCUGUAGUCCAAUAUUGCCCGCCCUGCUAACUCUUGCUAAUUCCUGCUACAGCUGUACUUGCAAUGCGCUUGACUCCAUUCCAUUCUAAUUUCUUAUUACGGUUUAAUACUUCUACGAAUGUGUCAAGCUUGCACGUUCGUAUUCCUCCGUGCGACAGGCUCCAUUUUCAUUUGAUUCCUUGUUCCUUUUAUUUUUAUUUUGGAUUUAACCUGUGUAGUCGGACCCACAAUAUGCCUGUUGUGUCCGUUUGUUCUUAUAGACUGUGCCAUCUCUGUUCUUAUAGACUGUACGAGUACCAUCUCUGUACUCGUAGUA